AAAUAUCUCUUUAAUUGCACAAACUCACACUAACCAAGUUGCAUUAGCCCAUGAGUCAAACAAAAAAAACUUACAUUAGCUCACACAAAGAGACACAAACACACUAAUUAAUCAAAAUUGAAGACCAAAUUAAGAUGAACAUGUUGUUCUUGUUCUUGUUUUAUUCCACAUCAAUUCUAUUUCUAUGUCUCAUCCUUCUCUUCUCAAUUCUCACACUCACAACAUUCAUUGGUCAAUCCAUAGGAAACCCAAAAUACCCACCAGUCAAAGCCACAUUCUUUAAUCAACUCAUCAAUUUCACAACACUUUUUCAUUACCUAACACAAAUUGCAAAAACCAAUCCAACUUUUAGAAUCCUUGCUCCUAAGAAAAGCAAGAUUUACACAACCGACACACAAAAUGUGCAACACAUACUUAAAACAAAUUUUCAUAAUUACUCAAAAGGGAAGUUUAAUCAUGAUACUAUUGUUGAUCUUUUUGGUGAAGGGAUUUUUGCUGUUGAUGGUGAUAAAUGGAAGCAUCAAAGGAAGCUUGCUAGUUUGGAGUUUUCAACUAGAGUUCAUAGAGAUUUUAGUUGCAAUGUUUUUAGAAGGAAUGCUGUUAAGUUGGUUAGAGUUGUGUCUGGAUUUUCUAAUGCUGGAUUGGUCUUUGAUAUACAAGAUAAAUUAAUGAAAUGCACUUUGGACUCCAUAUUUGAAGUUGGGUUUGGAGUGGAAUUGAAUUGUUUGGAGAGAUCAAGCAAGGAAGCAAAUAUCUUCAUGAAGGCCUUUGAUGAUUCAAAUGCUUCUGUAUUUAGAAGAUAUUUGGACCCCUUUUGGAAGAUUAAAAGGGUUCUUAACUUUGGAUCAGAAGCUUCCCUCAAGAAGAAUGUCAAAAUAAUUGAUGAUUUUGUUCAUAGUCUAAUCAAGACCAAAAAGGAACUUUUAUCAGUGCAAAAAGAUUUUGAAGAUAAAGAGGAUAUACUUACAAGAUUUUUACUAGAAAGUAAGAAGGAUCCAUCAAAUAUGACAGAUCAAUAUUUGAGGGAUAUAAUUCUGAACUUUAUGAUUGCUGGAAAAGACACAAGUGCCAACACUUUGUCAUGGUUCUUCUACAUGCUAUGCAAGAAUCCUCUUAUACAAGAAAAGGUGACACAAGAAGUGAUAAAUGUUACUUCUACACAUGAAAGUCAAGUAAAUUUAGAUGAAUUUGUGACCAAUAUUACAGAUGCCACUCUUGAUAGAAUGCAUUAUCUUCAUGCAACAUUAACAGAGACAUUGAGGCUAUAUCCUGCUGUCCCAAUGAGUGGUAGGACAGCAGAAGAAGAAGACAUCCUUCCUGAUGGCUACACUGUGAAUAAAGGAGAAACAGUUUACUAUUUGUCCUAUGCUAUGGCUAGGAUGCCUUACAUUUGGGGGGAUCAUGCUCAACAAUUCAUACCUCAAAGAUGGCUCAAACAUGGAAUUUUUCAACCUCAAUCUUCUUUCAAGUUCAUAUCUUUUCAUGGUGGUCCACGUAUAUGCUUAGGAAAGCACUUUGCUUAUAGACAGAUGAAAAUAGUAUCAAUGGUACUUCUUCGAUUUUUUCGAUUUAAAUUGGCUAAUGAAACAAAUAAUGUGACUUAUAGAACCAUGUUCACGCUUCACAUUAACAAGGGUCUUUCUCUCUAUGCAAUUCCAAGAUGUGAUGUAUCCGAAGUAAAGUGAUGUAUUUGGAUGUGUAUUUGAUAUUUCUAAAUAUCAAAUUGUGUAUUUGAAUGUUUGUUUCUUAAUUAAUUUGACUAUUUUCCAUAAUAGUGUAACUUGUAAUUGUAUUGUAUCACUCUAUCCGUACAAUAUAUUUGAAUUUCAUAGCUCAUCAA